UAUGAAGAAAAUAGCGAGAGUUAUACCAAAGAGAAUGACAAGAGUAGACGAAAAUUAAUAUCUAAAGAGCAGGAAUCCCUAGAAGUGGAGGAAGUAUUGUAUGAAGAUAAAAAGUUCGCUGUAAUGAGGUCAAAAGAAAAAUUGGAACAUUAUGAAGAAGACAAUACUGAAAUUUUAGAAGAUGAGCCAUAUUCAUGCACAAAAGCAUUGGCCGCAGACAUUCCUGAAAGCCGAAUUGAAAUAGUACCGGCCAGUCAAGUAACACAUCUUGUUUCUCCGAAAACCAAUGAUAUAACAGCAAAUAUCAAAGUUGACAGUAAUUACCCCUUAAUGAAUGAAACAAGAAUUACACAUGAAAAUGAAAUUCCACUUACAUUAAAAGACAACACGAAGGCUUUUGGAAAACCAGUCAUAUCAGAGUUAGAACCGAUACAAAUAACACAAACCGAAGUAAGUACUUCGUUGGAUGAAUAUGACAUCGCUAAACCCAAAAUGGAGAUUAAUGCCACUAAAGGCAUUGUUCCGACUGAAGGAUUAAUAACUUCAGAAGUAUUGACUAGCAUUGAGGCUACUGAUUUCAAAAAGACAGACCAGUCUUCUGAAAAAGCUAAACCAAAUGUAAUACCAAGAGAUGCUUUACAUGUUUCUGAAAAUAUAACAUCUGACAAAGAAGAUUUACUAGAAGAUUUAACAGUAAAGAAACUAACAGCUACCGUUGGAUAUUCAACGUUGACCGGAUUGAAUGUUACGGAAGUAAAUGAAGAAAUGAAAGAACACGUUAUGGAAACAACAACUAAAGAUAAGAUGGCAACGUCAAAACUUAAUUUUACUUUAUUAGAAAGUGUCGAAGUAGGUGAAGUAUUUGUAGAAGACAAAUCAGGUAAAUAUUAUCCUGAACUUAUAGUACCUACUGAGACGGCCAAAAAAGAAUUGCUAGUUUCGAAUCAAUUGAUUACUGAAAUACAUAAUUUACAAGAAAAGGAAGGAUCUCUAGCCACACUUAAAAUACCACAAACACAGGAGGCGAACAUUGAUGUAACAUCAACAGACAGUAUAGUAGUAAAAGUUGAAGAGUUACACGAAAAAGAGGGGCAGUUACCAAAAAGUGAGAUGCCAACUCAAAUAACUGUAGACAAAGACGUAAUGUUACAUACUAGUUUAUGUAAUACCAUAGUUACUUCUCAGUUAAAAGAAACGGAAUUCACUCCUGAACCAGUAACUACUAAAAAGGCAACUAUAGGUGUAACAGAACAUCAACAUAAGUUCAAUACGGAAACAAAUAUACAAGAUUCAGAAAAUGUUUUCGAAAAACAUAAAUCAGCAGCCACUACUCAAGCAGAGGUAUCAUUAUCUUUGCUAGAUAAUUCUAUAAUUGAAGAAGUACAAAUUAAUGAAAGUGAAAAAGAACUCUUAAUUAAGGACGAUGUUCCGUCUGCCAAGGCUGAAGCUGAGUUUAAAUCUAGUCAGCCAAUUGUUACUUCUCAAAUUUUGGAGCUCACAUCAACAGGGGAGUUAGGUAUUAUGGAUAAAAUGACAGAUGAUACUGCAACCGAGACAAUAAUAACAGAAUGUGCCAAAAUUGUGAUGUCACCAUUAGUGCAUGAUCAAGAAACUACAGAAGAUUAUAAGACUAAAAAACCUGAAAAUAUUACAACGUCUUUGGUACCUAAUGUCCCAAUUACAGUCUCUGAAAUAGAAUCAAAUGAGUUAGAAAGUAAACUCAAUUUAAAUAAAUUACCCGAUAAAGUAUGUGCAAAGCAAUCUCCAACACACCAUCUCAAAACACCCCUUUCUGAAGAAAUUACAACAGCAGAUCAAUACGAUAGUCUUAAACCGCUUGACAUAAUCUCAGAAAAAGCCACAGAGCAAAGAGAUUUACAAAAAGAAAUAAGAAUUCUUCAAACCACAGUUGAUGAACAACUUCAAAAAUUAGAUCAGAAUGAGAUCUUACAUAGUAACGCUAAUGCUACAUUUAUAGGUAAUGAAAGUAUAAAGGUAACUGAAAUAAUCUCAAACGUAACUGAAGAAAAUCUUGAAAUAGCCAACACUAAGCCAAACGUUUUUGCCAAAAUGGAUAUAGACGCAGAUCACAAGAUAGCCUUAACUUCAGAAAUAAAUUUAGGUGAUGUACUAAAUCCUUUGGGGCUUAUAACCCCUAAACAGGAAGCUGCUAGUUUAACAUCUAGCGCACUGUCUUCACUUGAAGUAACUGAAACAAAAGUUUUAGACAGUCAGUCAGAUUUAUCAGCUGACACGAAACCAGAACUUAAAUAUCUGAAGCCGGAUGUUGUCUCAUUAGCAGAAACAAUAAAUGUUACAGAGGUUAUCCAACAUGAGAAGGAAACGAAUUAUGAACAAACAACAGCACCAGAAACUUGUAUAGCGUCUGCUGAUUUGGUUGGCCAACCGGUCGCUAUAUUGUCAGAAUUAAUUCCAGAUUCAUCUGUUGGUAUAGCCAAAGAGGACAAUAUACUUGAGUUGACUAAAAAAGCUACAGUGGAAAAUAUCACUCACAAAGAAAUUAUAACCAGUAUGACAAAUUCAAACGAAAAAGAAAUGAUUUUAAAGAAAGCUGAAAGACCAAUUUCGGCAGCUGCUAUGGUUAACAUCGAUUCAAGCCAAGCUUUAAUGAUAGAAGAAAAUCUAUCAGAAUCUCUUCCUACUCCUGUUAUUCAAGAGAAAGUAUUAAAAGCUACUGCUCAAGAAACUACAAUAAAUAAAGAAGCCAUUAUACAACAAGAAACUGUAGCGCACACAUCAGAACAGGAUUUGAUUUUAAAGGAAAAAGAAUGCAAGAUAAAUCCUAAGCUAACUUUGACAGCUUUACAAGUUCCAGAAUACACAGAAAGAUUGAUGGUAGAACAUGAAAAUGAAUUCACAAGUGAAACUACGCCUGAUCAUCAAAUAGCAGAGUCAUCUGUGAUCUUAAAACAUGGUUUUGAAACAACAGAAAUAGUAUCCCAAUCAGAAAAUCUUGAAGAAACGCAAAAUACUUCGGUUCCCUACAAAAAAGCAGCACCAAAAGUAGAUGAAAUUUACGGAAAAACCGCUAAAGUUCAAGAAAUUAUUCCUAACCAAUCUGCAGGGGAUUUAGCAAUUGAAAAAGUUGUAUCUCAAGUACCUGACGUGUCACCAGUCACUUCUCUAACAGUUGAACAGACAGAGAUAAUUACAGCAGAAAAAGAGAUGGUACUAACGAAAGAAAUAACAAAAACAUCAAAUAUUGAACCACAGUAUUCUGAAAAAAUAGCAAUAAUAACUAGUAAUGUUGAUGCUGUAGACCAAGAGCAGGAAUUUGAGGGCAAAUUUUCCAUUCCUGGACGCAAAAUAUCUGUAGGAAUAGUGCCUUUGAGCAGUACAAUAAAUUCAGAGGUUUUAUUAAGCGGUAAUACUGAAGAUUUUAGUGAGCAAAAUAUCAAAACAUCCACAGCUAUUGAGGUACCUAUGGACUUACAAAAACAUAUACACGAGACGGAAGUUUUCCUUGGAGAAAAAGAAUCUGUUUUAUCGAAAGUUAAAACUGAUAUGCAAACUGCCUCCACAAAACUUACGGAAGUUGCAGCGACGCAGAUAACCGAAAUAAAUACAGUUGAAAAAGAAAUGCUUUUGGCAGAUACAGUAAAAGCUACUGAAUUAGAAGCUAUAUCAUCAAUUAGUGAAAAACAACCAUUACAGAAUACUGAAGUUAUAGCAACAAUGGAAAGUGAAAUUUUACAGGUGUCUCAACAAACACUGUCGAAUGCACUUUUACUACAAGGUGAGCAAGAAGCUUUACAGCAGUCUGAGCCAUUUGUCGGAGAGAUAGAAAAUAGUUUUAUGGUCGAAAAAGUGACUGAAAGAUUGCCAACAAAAAGUCUGAACGAACAAAGACCAUUGGAUAUAACUGAAAUAAUGGUAACGGAAUCAGAAAACUUGUUGGAUAGCAACUUAAAAACUAAACUUGAAACGUUAAAUCCUGAUUUUGAAAAAAGCUUUUAUGUUCAAAUAUCAGAAAUUGCCUCUUCUGAAAGAGAAGAACACUUUGAUAUUAGUAAGAUAAACGAUGACAAAACAGUUAAUCCAACGUCAAGUAUAACCCCUUACUCUAGUGUAGGAGUUAUUGAAAAUAUAAUUAACGAAAAGGAAGAUUUAUUCAAAACAAAAAGUGAAUAUAAGUCUCAACAAGCCGGAUUUUCAGUUGAAUCACAACUUCACGUUACAGUGAUUGACAAUUUAAUAACGGAAAAAGAAGAAGCUCUGAAACCGCUGACAUUACCAUCAACAAAUGAUAACCAAAACCAAGACAUAACACUUUUAAGUCAUUUAAUGACAUCAGAAACAGUAACGCUAGAAGAUAGUACGGAAAUUCAUGAAAAAAAAUCAAAUGAAGAAAAAGCUAAAACUUCCCAAGAUAUAAUUGAAGCUGUAAAUAACGAGCAACAACAAGUUUUUGAGCAAAUUCAAGAUUUAAUAGCAUCGGGAAAACAAGAACCACUACAAGCCAAUCAAAAGAUAAUCGAUUUGAAAUCUCUAGAACAAGUAGAAGUUAUUCCUCAAGAAAGUUCAGAUUUUCUAACAAAAGAUCAUAAAAAAGAAGAAAACGCUUCAACUACUCAUACCUUAGUAAAGGAACUUGUUUCUGAGCAGCCACAUGUAGUAGAGACUACAUCUGCAUUAAUAACAGAGAAAUAUGAACCCGACAGUAACCAACCUUCAUUUGAUAUCGAGACACGAAAAAGUUGCAUCAUUACUGAGAGUAUACCUCAAGAAAUCCCACAAGCUUUCACAACAGGCGUACAGAAAUCUAAUAAAAUAUUGGAACAGGUAAUAGAAAUUAGACAUUUAGAACAAACUGAAGUAGUUCCAAGCGAGAACGUGGAUGAAUUAAAAGAUGUUCAGACUAUUGAAGAAAAAACCAUUACAGAGGUGCCUCAUGAGAAUUUGGCACUGAUUCAAAGUAAAACCAUGGUUCAUGAGAAAGAAACUGAAACACACUUUGAAAAACCUUUGACUAUGGGAAAAGUUACAACUUCAGUCAAUACUAACGAAGGCAUAUCAGUAUUUGAAGUAACCCAGGGAGAUACACAAGGCAACUACGUCUCAGAGCAAGGUAAAGAAACAAAAGCAGAAAAAUCUAUAACUUUACUUUCACAUUUGCAAUGUACAGAACACAUACCGGAAACUCAUACUAGUGAACUUUUAACACAUGAAGUACAACCUAGGUUGUCAAAUAUAACAUCUACCAGUAUAUCGCCUUUGAUAAUCACAGACAAUACUAUCUUCCAAAAAGAAACCGACUUACAAAUUCAAACAACUAAAAAACAAACACUGCGUAAAGGUUUGACAGUUGCAAACGAAAUAGAAGUCACUACCGAAUUCAUCGAUGAGCAAAUAUCACCCAUGCCAGAAAAAUCUCAAGAAAACAUACCAGUUCGUAAAAUUACUCAAUCUGAAGAUCGCGAAGAUGUCGUCAUUUCGGAACAAGAAGUAUACACUAAGGAGAUAUCAGACGACAUCACGUCCCCAAAGUCAUCAGACUUUGAAGAAACUGAAGAAAUUGUAACCAAAUUUACACAAUCGCCAGACGGCCGAGAACCAAUACAAACCAAAACAAAAAGAACUAUAUUACGAAAAAAGAAAAGAAGCAAGGACCACGAUAUGAAUGAAAGAAAUGUCGUUAUCGAGGAAACCCUAGAUGAUUUCGCAAAUGAAACCCCGAAACAGGAUUUCCAUAGCAACAUUGAUAUAGAGGAGUAUAUAGGAGAUGAAGUACUCCCAGUCGAUGAUACUGAAAAAAGUACUGUUGAAAUGCCUGAAGAUCAUUUACAUAUACCGAAACUACCCAACCAAGUUCACAUCGAGGAAAUGAUAGACGAAGAAAUUGUUGAACUUCCAGAUGAUACCACAGUCGAGGAGACCGAAACGCCGGAAGGUAAGAAAACAUAUAUGAAAACUAAACGCAUCCUGAAACAUAAGAAACAGCCAAAAAUACAGACUAAAGAGAUCACCACUGAACAAGAAGACGACAAGACACCAGUAGUGUCGGUACACACCACCGAACAAACCACUGACGAAUCACUCAUUCCAUUCGAAACACCACAAAUCUUAGACAAGGCCGAAGUUAUCGAAGAAGAGCCUGACAAAGUGCAAGUUACUCAAGUGCGCACGGAGACGGGCGAGGUGAAGUCAGUCAAGGUAACCAAACGCGUCAUCAAAAAGAAGAAGGGCAAACAGCAGGAAGUCACAGAAAUAACCACGACGCAACAGGACGACGAGGCUCCCGUCACAACGGUCAGCGUCACCGCGGAAGAAAUCCCUGAAGAACAGAUUGCACCCGUGGAGAUAGCGGAACUGCCCGAAGAAACGGCCAUCGAAGAAAUAGAAACACCCGAGGGUAAAACUAUUCGCAAGAAGACGAUAAAGCGCGUCGUCAGGAAAAAAGGACCCAAGCAAGAAACUGUCGAAAUCACCACCACACAGGACGAUGACAAGGCUCCCGUCACCGAAAUCAACUUCGUGGAAGAAAAGCCGGCAGAAGAAGAAAAGCCACUCGAAAUUGUGGAACUGCCAGAAGAGACCGCAGUCGAGGAGACCGAAACGCCGGAAGGUAAGAAAACACACAAGAAAAUCACUAGACGCAUCAUCAAAAAGAAAGUAGGGCCCAAAAUACAGACUACAGAGAUCACCACUGAACAAGAAGACGACAAGACACCAGUAGUGUCGGUACACACCACCGAACAAACCACUGACGAAUCACUCAUUCCAUUCGAAACACCACAAAUCUUAGACAAGGCCGAAGUUAUCGAAGAAGAGCCUGACAAAGUGCAAGUUACUCAAGUGCGCACGGAGACGGGCGAGGUGAAGUCAGUCAAGGUAACCAAACGCGUCAUCAAAAAGAAGAAGGGCAAACAGCAGGAAGUCACAGAAAUAACCACGACGCAACAGGACGACGAGGCUCCCGUCACAACGGUCAGCGUCACCGCGGAAGAAAUCCCUGAAGAACAGAUUGCACCCGUGGAGAUAGCGGAACUGCCCGAAGAAACGGCCAUCGAAGAAAUAGAAACACCCGAGGGUAAAACUAUUCGCAAGAAGACGAUAAAGCGCGUCGUCAGGAAAAAAGGACCCAAGCAAGAAACUGUCGAAAUCACCACCACACAGGACGAUGACAAGGCUCCCGUCACCGAAAUCAACUUCGUGGAAGAAAAGCCGGCAGAAGAAGAAAAGCCACUCGAAAUUGUGGAACUGCCAGAAGAGACCGCAGUCGAGGAGACCGAAACGCCGGAAGGUAAGAAAACACACAAGAAAAUCACUAGACGCAUCAUCAAAA